GCUGCGCGGGCGGUACAGUCUUUCAGGCCUCUGUUCCCCUUUGCCGGUUCUCAUCUUGGUGCAAAUUUCCUCCAGCUCCACCAUGUGGAGCCGACGGCAGCGCCGCCUCAGGCCGUUGAGCUGCGGGGUGGAGGAGCUACGGUGCCGCCGGCGGGAGCGAGAGGCAGCACUGCGGAAGGCGCGGAGAGAGCAGCAGCUGGUCAGCAAGAGGCUGCUGAGAGACGAAGACCCGGAGAAAGCUGAAGGAUAUGUGGCUGUGAUCCUUGGAGAAGCCGAGAUCCAGCAGUUCCUUCGGUUAGCCCAGCGGGGGACAGAGGAAAAGGAGAGAGAGAAGGCUCUGGUCAGCCUUCGUCGAGGCUUGCAGCACCCUGAGACGCAGCAGGCCUUCAUCAGGCUGGAGGGCAGCAUUCGGACCCUGGUCGGGCUCUUGACCAGCAACCAGGCCCUGCUGCAGCUGGAGGCGGCUCGCUGCCUUCAUGAGCUCUCUCAUUCUGAGCAGUCUACAGUGGCUGAGGCCUGCCUGCCGGCUACUUCCUAUCUUCUCACCUACCUCUCCGGUCACAGCUCAGAUUUUAUAGAGCUCUGUCUGUAUACACUGGGUAACCUGAUCGUGGAGAGUGAGGCUGUGAGAAGGCAGCUCCUGCCACAGGGCAUUGUUCCAGCUUUGGCUGCCUGCAUCCAGUCCCCCCAUCUGACUGUGCUGGAAGCCCUUGGAUACGCCUUGUCCCAGCUUCUGCAGGCUAAGGAAGCUCCAGAGAAGAUCAUCCCCUCUGUCCUGGGCUCCCCUCUCCCCCAGCACAUGCUGCAACUGUUGCAACCUGGCCCAAAGCUGAACCUUGGGGUCGCUGUGGAGUUUGCCUGGUGCCUUCACUACAUAAUCUGCAGCCAGGUCAAUAAUGCCCUGCUCAUCACCCAUGGGGCUCUGUCCACUCUGGGGCUGCUGCUGUUGGACUUGGCUGGGGCUGUCCAGAGAACUGAGGAUGCAGGACUGGAGCUGGUAGGUGAAGAGCUGGCAUGCCCUGUGCUUCGGUGUCUAAGCAACUUGCUAACAGAGGCAGCAGUGGAGGCCGUGGGAGAGCAAAUGCAGCUCCGAGAUGAGCGUGUUGUGGCAGCCUUAUUUAUCCUUCUGCAGUUCUUCCUCCAGAAACAGCCCAGCCUGCUUCCUGAGGGCCUCUGGCUUCUUAAUAACCUCACUGCAAACAGUCCUAGUUUCUGCACCUCCUUGCUCUCCCUGGAUCUGAUUGAGCCCCUCUUGCAGUUGUUGUCAGUAUCUAAUGUGGUGAGCGUAUUGGUGCUCACAGUUGUGUGCAACAUUGCAGAGAAAGGUCCUGCUUAUUGUCAGCGUCUCUGGCCAGGGCCCCUGCUCCCCUCCUUGCUGGACACAUUGGCCUUCUCUGACACUGAAGUAGUAGGCCAGAGUUUGGAGCUGCUGCAAUUGCUGUUCCUCUAUCAGCCAGGGGCUGUUCAGGCCUUCUUGCAGCAAUCAGGGCUGCAGGCCCUACAGAGGCAUGAGGAGGUGGCACAGCUCCAGGAUCGUGUGCGUGCUCUCCAGCAGACAGCUCAGCAUGGGUGACUUGGCUUCUCCGUGUCACAUACUCCACUCUUUAACUACCACCCCACCAACUUCCUGGCCCACAGAGCCCCUUUUGAGGGUUUAGAACCAUAAUGAUGUGUCAUGCUCUCUGCUCCCACAUUUGAGCCUAAGCCUUGUCUAAGGGAUCCCAGCUCCUCCUCCUUAUCACCCAGCAUUGUCCAGACAGGAGGGCCAAGAGGGAACUCAGUGGCCUACUUAAUCUCGGUCCUUGGAAUCUCCUCUUUUCUUGUUCUUUCUUUCCCCAGCCUUUUAAAAAAUUCUUUUUGUUUCAGCAGCUGAUGGCUUUUGAUGGGACAGAAUAAAGUUUUAUUUUUAUAUUCAA